GCUACGAUAUAUCAACAAUCCAGCCGGCAACGGCAAUAGCUUAACCACAUAUUUUUAUAUUAAUCCGUAUUAAGCCCGAAGUGCAUACGUUUAUUAGCAAUUGCGAUCAACAAACGAUUUCUAAUUAAUUAGCCCUAAUUAAAUUUAAGCGACAGCGUGGAGGGAACUCACGCUGAGGGACAGUAAUCGUGGGAGUACGUGGCAAUUACGAUGAUGUUCUAAAUAGCUGACAAUAAAUAAUAAUUAGUUAAUUAAAGUAAUUACGAAGUGUCGCAGUUGCAGCUAUGAGUGCCACGCUACGUUACCGCGGCGAUAAGAGCAAUUUGCUAGAGUUCGCCAAGAACUUGGAUGCCUUCAAAAAGGUGCCCGAGAAGUAUACGGAGACCACAGAGAUUGGUGGCACACUUUCCUUGCUAAGCCGACUGCUCAUUGUUUAUCUCGUUUACACGGAGCUGCGUUAUUAUUGGAAUGAGACGGAUAUUAUUUAUCAAUUUGAGCCGGACAUGGCGCUGGACGAGCAGGUGCAGAUGCAUGUGGAUAUUACGGUGGCCAUGCCCUGCGCCUCGCUCUCUGGCGUCGACCUGAUGGAUGAAACGCAGCUGGAUGUGUUUGCUUACGGCACAUUGCAACGCGAGGGCGUCUGGUGGCAAAUGUCGGACUCAGAUCGUCGUCACUUCCAGUCCAUGCAGAUGACCAAUCACUAUUUGCGUGAGGAGUAUCACUCUGUGGCUGAUAUACUCUUUAAGGAUAUACUACGCGAGCGGUCACUCCCCAAGGAGAGCGAAACACAACCAGCCGCUGCUGCACCUCCACCACCAGGUGCACUGCAGCAGCUGCAGCAAAUCUCGCAGCACGAGUCCAAAUACGAUGCAUGCCGGCUGCACGGCACAUUAGGCAUCAAUAAAGUGGCCGGCGUGCUCCACUUAGUGGGUGGUGCACAGCCGGUAGUUGGCAUGUUCGAGGAUCACUGGAUGAUCGAGUUCCGCCGCAUGCCAGCGAACUUUACGCACCGCAUCAAUCGCUUGAGCUUUGGCCAAUACUCGCGUCGAAUCGUCCAGCCGUUGGAGGGCGACGAGACGAUCAUACGGGAGGAGGCCACCACGGUGCAGUACUUCAUCAAGGUGGUGCCGACGGAGAUACGCCACACGUUCAGCACCAUCAGCACAUUCCAAUAUGCUGUCACUGAGAACGUUCGCAAGCUAGAUGCUGAGCGCAAUUCGUACGGCUCGCCGGGAAUUUACUUCAAGUACGAUUGGUCCGCCUUAAAAAUUGUGGUUAGCCACGAUCGCGACUAUUUGCUGACGUUUGUCAUACGCCUCUGCUCCAUUAUAUCGGGGAUUAUUGUCAUUUCUGGUGCUGUCAAUGCGAUGCUAGUGGCCACCCAGCGUCGUCUGCUGCGGAUGUUUGCGCCUCAGCUCUAUCUGCGAUUACCUGGAUCGACGCCGCCCCCGCCCGCAACGCCAGUCAGCAGCGUGUCGACGCCUGCCAACGAGCUGCUCAACACGGCCAAUCUGAUGGCCAAUGUGGAUAUAUCCGCCUAUUUGCCAACGGCCAUGGCGGCCCCCAAGUCUGACAUCUAGCCGGGCCACAACUGGCCCGCUCGUAAUCUCCGUUCAAUACACUUUCAAUUCUUUCUUCUACGAUAAAUGCCACAAAUUUAUUUUCUCAUAAGAUUAAGCAAAAAAGUGAAUUUUACAAUUGUACAUACAUAAAAAA